AUGAACUACACUUAUAAUAAUAAUAAUAAUGGUUUUACGAUAACCGAUUUAUAUCUUAUAUUUGGACUUGUUUUAAUUGCAUUUUUAGGUGGAGUUGCUGUGGCUAAAAAAUCAAAUAGUCAAAAGAAUCAAAGUAGUAAUAAAAAACAGAAACUAGAUGAAGUAAAAGAAGAGGUAGCUUACCAAGAGGAGAGCUAUUCUCAUUUGAUGGAUAUGGAGUUUGAAGAAUACAUUGGUGAAGAAGAAGAGGAGAAAGAAGAAGAAGAAGAUGGUAGUGAUGGUGGUGAUGGUGAUGGUGGCUCCACUGCAGUGCCAAGUAAUGAUGUCGAUGGCUCUGUCUAUCAGCAAAAUAUUGAAUACUUGCCCAAUGGAAUGAGAUUUACACCAGAACAAAUGGAGAACAUUGAUUUCCUCAAGAAUAAUCCAUUUCCGAAGACUAGCAAUAGCCAAGGUGUCAAGUUUAAGGUUCCCGCGAACUACAAUACCCUUUCUCUCCACGAAAGAAUAGAAAUUGUUUUUGAUACCUACUUUAAAGAGUUUCUAUCUCAGCUACACAUAUCAACUAAUGAAUAUCAAGAACAUUAUAAAUUGGUAGCUCUGAGAAAUAGAAAGAAACCUCCAUGGUAUACACGCUACACCUACUUCAGUUUAAAUGAUAUUAAGCAAUACUUUGCUAUAUUUAUUUAUGCUGGCCUCGUUAGGACCCCGAAUAUGGAGGAGUUGUGGAAAAAAGAUGAUAACAUCUUAUCAUUUUACAACCAUUCAGUAUUCAAUAUUCUAUCAUUCUCUAAAUUCAAGGCUAUUCAUCGUUGUUUGCACUAUAAAGGCUUUGGAACCAUUGACAAAGAUGGAAAGUUGACAAGUACCGAUUUCCAACCAAUUGUGGAUGCUGUAAAUGAUAUAUUCAAAGCUAAUUGGUCCCCAGGAGAUACUUUUUCUUUUGACGAUGACUUGUACAAGUGGACAGGCAAGGGUGGAAGCAAAAAGAUCAUAGCUGGUAAAGCAGACUCUGUUGGCAACAUAUUAUGGAAACUGGUGGACUCUUUUACAUAUAUUUACCAUUUCGAAUUGGAGCACUAUGUAAAGAACAUCAUUAAGUCUCAGAACAUUCCAGUAAACUUAAACCAAGAGAUCCUCAAGCGAACUGAAGAGGCAUUGGAUAAACAUUUAGGUCGUCCUGUUAACUUUGGUACAUGUAUUAUAAUUGAUGCUGGUAUUCUUGGUAGUAUGGACAAUAUUAAGCACCUCCAAAGCAAAGGUUAUUCAUUUAUUGUCUCAGUUGCUAAGAAUAAGUGCAAGGAGGUUAUGGAUCAAAUAAUCCCGUCAAGAAAAGGAGGCAAUCGAAAGAAAAAUGACUUUUCAACUGAAGGAGAGAUGUCAUUUGGUUCCAAUAAGUUUCACACAGCAAUAGCAUGGCAGGCCAAGAAAGAUAAAACAGUAUUUUUCUUUACCAACAUUCCAAAACCAAUCUGCCAAGAUAAAACACAUGAAUUGAGGAGAGUUUCCAGGACUAAAAAAACAGUAAAAGGAGAAGUAACCUACACAACAAAACAGUUAACAACACCAAGAGUCGUCUGGGUGUAUAAUAACUGCCACAAUUAUGUAGAUUCAACAAAGAUGAUCAUCAAUCCGUUAAGAAAUAUCCAUCGUGCACGCACAUAUUCAAGAGUCGUAUUCAAUGAUAUUUUCUAUGCAAUUCUAUACAAUUCAUUUGUGGCAUUCCAAUCUUUAGAACAUAAUAGCACCAGCUCCUCAACGUCAGAAAAUGAGAAUUCGCUAAGAUUCAAAAACUAUCUUUUGGAAGUGGUUAACAAAAUUCUACUCAAAAACCCAAGCAUCGAAAGAAACACAAGAUACACCAUUGUCACACCAGAUCUAAUAGACAUUGAAGGAGCACAAGAGUAUUGUUAUUACUGUUUAAAUAACGUCAACACGAACUAUAAAGAAAAAAGAACCAAACAAAAAUGCUUUUGCCACAACAUCGCUCUUCACAAAGAUUGCAAUAUGUAUUUCCACAAUCCAUUAUUCAAAUUUAAUAAUUUAAAACACAUUUAA